AUGACGAGGUUAGUCUGGAAAGAAGAGGCGGACGAUGAGAUGCAGCUCGAAUAUGCCGAUGCCGUCAAGGCCUUCCAAGCCAAGGUCCAUGAGCUCGGAUACCAAAUUGGAGCCGCGAGUGAUCGUACCGAAGCCUGGCGUCGCUACUUUGUCCUCAGCCUCAAGAGCCUUGCCAGAGACCUACCACCCAAUGAGCUUGACGCCGUGCAAGCAGCUGUCAAGGAGCUUGAGCGUAAGGACAUUGAACUCACAGCCAAAGCCGACGAAGAACGUGUCGACACUCCAUACCCUGUGCGAGUUCCGACAAGAAUGAUUGCCGGCCAGUCUGGGAACAACACUAGCUCUUCUCCUGUCUAUCUGGACGCCUGUGACCCUGCGACCGUCGCGGUUUUGGUCCAGAAGAAGGACGUGUUUGAUAUACGUGCUGCAGCUAGCCCGAACAAGACCAAUUAG